UUGUUGGGUAUUGUAGUCCAGUUCACCGUGCUUUCUUUAAUUGAUAUUUAAUAUAAAAACUUUUGUUUAUACACACGUGUACUACACAUACAAAAAUACACAGAGCCCAUGUUGAUAAAUAACAUGUUAUAUAUUAAUUUCAGGGUUUUUUUUUUUGCAUGGCCAUGUUCCCACGAAGCCACCCCCCUUUCGCCUUUAGUCGUAGUCCGCUGAAUUCGGUUUAGAAUCAGAGCAAAACGAGAGCCACCAAAUUCUGAGACAGAUUAUCCUGCAAAUAUCCAUUUUAAAGUUCUGUGUGUUUUGUCAGGCAGGCGUUGGGGUGAGUUGCACAACCAUGUCGAAGGGAGAGACGGAGGAGCUGAUCGAGAUUGAGAUAGAUGGACAGGAGAAGCAGGAGUGCAUGGAAGAGGGGAUUGUGGAGCAGACAAUCACAACAGCUGAAUUUGUCACCCAGGCCAUCGACAUAAAUGAACCAAUCGGGAACCUCAAAAAGCUGCUGGAGCCCCGCCUCCAGUGCUCGCUGGAAGGCCAUGAGAUUUGUCUGCAAGAUAUUCAGCUGGACCCCGACCACAGCCUAUUUGACCAAGGAGUGAAGACUGAUGGGACUGUCCAGCUCAGUGUGCAGGUCAUCUCCAGACAAGGCGUGGAGCCCAAGCUGAAUAUCUUGGAGAUUGUGAAGCCGGUGGAGACGGUGGAGGUUGUGAUUGACCCGGACGCACAGUCGGGGGUGGAAGAGGAUCAGCUGGUAGAGGAGGGUCAGGUCAUCACCCUGGACGGCAACAAACAUAUAGUGGGGGGCAUCAUCGCCGAUGAGACCUCCGAGCAGGUCACACGCUGGGCUGCUGCCCUUGAGGGCUACCGCAAAGAACAGGUCCGACUUGGCAUCCCCUACGACCCAGUGCAGUGGACAGCAGACCAGGUGAUCCACUGGGCAGUGUGGGUGAUGAAGGAGUUCAGCAUGGUGGACGUGGAUGUAGCCGGUAUCCACAUACCCGGUAGAGAGCUCUGUGGAUUCACCCAAGAGGACUUCUUGCAGCGUGUGCCCCACGGAGAGAUCCUCUGGAGCCACCUGGAGUUGCUGCGCAAGUAUGUGCUAGCCAGCCAGGAUCAAAGUGGACAGAUAGCCACUGUCACCAUCGAUCAGCCUGUUCAGAUCAUCCCAGCCACAGUCCAGCAGACCACCCCCACUGCCAUCAAAGUGCUGAAUAACACAGGCAAGCAGAGCAAGGUGCAGCGAGCCCCCAGGAUAUCUGGGGGAGAGGACCGCAGCUCUCCGGGCAACAGGACAGGUAAUAAUGGUCAGAUCCAGUUGUGGCAGUUUCUGCUGGAGCUCUUGACUGAUAAGGACGCUCGAGACUGCAUCUCCUGGGUGGGUGACGACGGAGAGUUCAAACUGAACCAGCCCGAGCUGGUGGCACACAAGUGGGGCCAGCGCAAGAACAAGCCCACCAUGAACUACGAGAAGCUCAGCCGCGCCCUCAGGUAUUACUACGAUGGGGAUAUGAUCUGCAAGGUUCAAGGAAAGCGCUUUGUUUACAAGUUUGUGUGUGACCUAAAGACGCUGAUCGGCUACAGCGCAGGGGAGCUCAACCACCUGGUGACGGAGUGCGAGCAGAAGAAGCUGGCGCGCAUGCAGCUUCACGGCCUGAGCCAGCCUGUCACUACCGUCACCCUCGCCACCAUGCAGGGGGACAAGGACAGCAGCUGAAGGGGCUGAGGGGACAGCCUGGGGGGAGGGGAAAGGGAAAAGGAAAAAAGGGGAGGGGGAGCAUGGAGUGGCAGAGGAAAACAAACGAAAAGCAUUGUUCCUGGACUGCUGGACAUAUUUCUCUGUGACCUGUGUAAUAAUAAAUAAUAUUUAAGCAGUUUGACUCUUAAACGACCCCAGUAACCAAAUAGGAAAUAUAUAAGGCAUACAAGAAAUGUCACCUAGGCUCACUGUUUUCCCUCUGAUGAACCAAACAUUUAAAGAUGUAUUUUUAAAUGAAGACCUGUUUUGACCCUUAAAACAAUUUGGUUAUAUUUUACACAGUAGACUUAAUCUAUAGUUUGCUUUAGACACGCUAUUUUGUAGGAGGCCACAAGGUGCAGUGAGUAAUACUGUGAGCCAGCUGAUCCGGCCUCGGGGUCUAGUGAAAGUGGUCUUUUGUGAAGCUUCUGUACUAACAAUGUGACUGCACUCUGGAGACGGAGACUUGGCGUAUGCAGCUGACCUACUACACUGCACUGUACUGAGACAUCACGGGUACAGAGAAAAUAUGUGCUCAUGCACAAAGUCAAAAGCAAGUAUAUUUUAGUCUCCAAACAAUCAAAAUUCCAAGCUUGUUUUAAUUUUUUUAAUCUGUUGCUGUGUAAUUAGAUUAACAGGAGUCAAUAAUCAUUGAUUCAACGCAUUCUUAUUACUGUUAAAUGUCAACAACCAAAGAUAAUUGUUGUAGGGAGACCUGACCUUCAUACAAAAGUGGAGUUGGUCAAGGGUUAGUGUUAUGCUGAAUGUAAGAGUAUGUUAACGCAUCUGGUUGCCAUCAUGCUUCAUGAACCACUGAUUGGCUAAAGGGGGUAAAGGUUAGUUUUUCUUGCUGUAAUUUUAACUUGUGUAUGGAAGAGAGUGCAACACUUCCCAGGUAUACCUGGAGUUUUUAGUAUUCAAAGGGUGGCCCACCCAGACAGAUACUGCAACCUCUUUGUGCCUUGGCUCCUCCUAGCUGUAAAAGCAGAAUGUCUUAUUGGAAAUGAGGAUCACGUACACAGUGGCAAACAAGAGUGCUGUGUUUUCAAAAUAGUUAUAUAUUUUUUAUUUUCUUUAUUCGAAUAUUACUCUGUACCCAGUUUUGGUUUUCUGAUUUAAACAAAUUCCUAAAUUGACACUUUUUUUUUUUUUUAAGCAGAACUUGCUCGAAAUAUAUAUAUAUUUUUUUCCUCUUUUUUUUUAUAAGUUUAUUUUAUUUUGUGGGUUCAGGAAAAUGGUCAGCAGAUCAGGAAAAAUGUUUGUGAGUGUUCCUAUUGGUGUGUCAGAGUGAGAGGUGAGUGUUUUUUGUGGCUGUAUGAGUGUGUGUUUGUGUAGGGUUUAGCAUAAUCCUGCCACCAUGUUUCGAUGGCAGGACGCUAUAUAGUUUGCGCACACAUGUGCAACCAGUUUAAGAGUCAGACUGAUCUUGUUUCCUUUUGCAUACGUACAAGCUUGGCAUUUACAUUGUAUAUAAUUACGUUUUGAUAGCCAUAUUCCCAUUGUAUUCUGUUCUGUUUUAUGCAGUAAAGCUUGAUGAAUUUCUGCUUGUAUGUUUAAUUUGAUUUCCUUAUGUUGAAAUCGGACAUGUAAUCAAGAGUAAAAAACAUUUUUAAUAAAA